UAUAAUUUCCUACAUACAAGUUUAACAAACCGAAAAGGGCUUUCAGUUUUUUCCCCUUUUCCUCUCACGAGAAUUUCUCUCCCCUUCUCAUCAACAACCACCACCGCCAAUGGCAACCGCUCCCGCCGGUGACGCAUUCGCCCUCUCCGCCGAGAAGCGCCGCCGCGCUGACGAUGCAGACGGCGACGAAAUUUCCGCGAAGAAGCAGAUGCAGCCGUUCGCCCCGGCGGCGCACGGCGUCUUCGAUCCGGCAGCCUCCCUAGCCAGCGCGCGCCACGAAUUCGGCGAGCACGGCGGCGUGAACAUGUCAAUCGAGGCCUCCGCGACGUUCACCGUGAUGGAACCCGACACGCUGCGGCGGAUGUUCGCCGGAGAGCUCGGUCCCGAUCGCGAUUUCUUCAUCUACAGCCGACAUUUCAACCCUACCGUCCUCAACCUCAGCCGUCUCAUGGCGGCGCUGGAGGGGACCGAGGCGGCCUACUGCACAUCCAGCGGCAUGUCCGCGAUCUCCGCCACGCUGAUGCAACUCUGCAGCCACGGCGACCACGUCGUCGCCUCGCAUACUCUCUACGGUGGGACUCACGCGCUGCUGCAGCACUUCCUCCCGAGGACGUGCAACACGGUGACCAGCUUUGUGGAGAUUUCUGACCUGGAUGCGGUGGAUGCUGCCAUGGUGGAGGGGAAGACGAAGGUGCUGUACUUUGAGUCGGUUUCGAAUCCGACGCUGGAGGUGGCGAACGUGCCGGAGCUUUGCCGGUUGGCUCACCGGAAGGGAGUUACGGUGGUUGUGGACAAUACUUUUAGCCCCAUGCUGCUUUCACCGGCUAGGCUCGGUGCUGACGUGGUGAUUCAUAGUAUCUCCAAGUUCAUUAGUGGUGGGGCCGAUAUCAUUGCAGGUGCUGUGUGCGGGCCCGCAAGCUUUGUGAAUUCCAUGAUGAACCUCCAUCAAGGAGCCAUAAUGCUGAUGGGACCUACCAUGAACGCCAAGGUAGCAUUUGAACUCUCAGAGCGUCUCCCACACUUAGGCAUAAGAAUGAAGGAACACAGCCACCGCGCCUUAGAGUUCGCCACCCGCCUCAAAAACCUCGGCUACAAGGUGGUCUACCCUGGCCUGGAGGACCACCCUCGCCACGAGCUGAUGAAAUCCAUGCACAACAAGGACUACGGCUAUGGCGGCAUCCUCUGCAUUGACAUGGAGACGGAGGAGAGGGCGAACAGGCUGAUGAACCACCUGCAGAACUACGCGCAGUUCGGGCUCAUGGCGGUUAGCUUGGGAUACUAUGAGACACUCAUGUCGUGCUCUGGAAGUAGCACCAGCAGUGAGAUGAAUGAAGAGGAGAAGGCAUUAGCUGGGAUCUCACCUGGUUUGGUGAGGAUGUCGGUUGGGUAUAUUGGGACUUUGGAGCAGAAAUGGGGUCAGCUGGAGAAGGCACUUACCAGGCUUCAGGAACAUGGGUUCCCUAACAGGAAGUGAUGAUGAUUGGUCAAUUUGUGGAAAUGCUAGAUUGUGUUGUUGUUGUUGCUGAUGAUGAUGUGUAGUAGUUGUUACUGUUUGGAUUAUUUAAUAAUCUAUGUUUUGGAUCAGUAUGUUUUAGUUUA